AUGGCGUCACUCAACCUGUCCAUAAACGGACCCUCGAUCAAGAGCAGCUACCAGAGCGUCAUCAAUGGCCCGCCUCCGAGCUCCAGCUCACCGACAUACGCUCAAUGGGCUCUGUUCUCAGUUCAAGCCCCUCUGGCCAAUGCCUUCCAAGAUAGCGGUGCUAAGGAGAGUGUGCUCAAGGUCCAAAGCACUGGAGAUGGUGAACUUUCGGAACUGAUCGAGGACUUCAACGAGGGCCGCAUCCAAUUCGCUUUCGUCAAAGUUAAGGACCCCAACUCUGGCCUUCCCAAGCACGCCCUGAUUGCCUGGUGUGGAGGCGGUGUCCCUGAACGAACCAAGGGCUACUUUACCACUCACACCGCUGCUGUGUCCAAGAUUCUCCACGGCUACCAUGUCCAGAUCACCGCUCGUUCGGACAGCGAUCUCGAGCCAGAGAGCGUGAUGCGCAAGAUUGCCGAUGCCUCCGGCGCCAAGUACUCAGCAGGCGGCUCCACGGCUUCCCCAGCCCCACCGCCAGUUGCUUCCAAGCCCGUCUUCACUCCUACCACAUCAUCGGUUGGGUCUGUCAACCCAAUCGUGGCCGCACGAAACCGCAAGCCGGCAAACGUCGACGACGAUGGCUGGGGAGCAGAUGCUCCUCCGGUGACCCGGUCGCAGCUGGAGAAGGUUGCGCCUGCCUACAAGCCUACCAAGGUCAACAUGGCCGAGCUCACGAAGCAGCGACAGGAGCCGUCCCAUUCGAAUGGAAGCAGCACUCAAGAAGACCGCAGCGAUGUUGUGAGGGGUGGAUACCAACCCAUUGGCAAAGUAGAUAUUGCUGCCAUCCGUGCAGCGGCUAAGGAAAAGACCGACGACCGGCCAACUCCCGUAAAGGGUGCGUACGAGCCUGUUGGCAAGGUUGAUAUCGCUGCUAUCCGCGCCAAGGCACAGAAGCCUUCCGAACCAGAACCCGCUGCCGAGGAGGAUGAGCGACCUAAGUCCCUGGCCGAACGUAGUGCCGCAUUCAACCAAUCCCAGUCGGAGCGACUUACGUCUCUGCCGAAGCCAAAGGUAGCCAACAAGUUUGGGGGGUCUACUUUUACCGGCACCAAGGCGCCCACACCCGGUGGUCCCGGAUUCGGCGCACCUUCUGUGCCGUCUGCUGCCCCUGUUGGCGCUGCCAGUCGAACCUUUGCUGACCAAGGUGGCAAGACGCCCGCUCAGCUCUGGGCUGAGAAGAAGGCUAAACAAGGAGGCUCGGUUUCUAACGUUGUGUCGCCUCCAGUUACUUCUCCCAUUGGCGUUCAGAAGAGCGGCGAGUGGAAGAGUGGCUACACUGGCAAGUCCUGGGCCCCUGUUCAAACUGGCGAUUACGGACGUGGCAUUGCUGGCAAGCUGAGUCAAGAGAAUACUGGAGAGCAGGAGCGUGAGGCGCCUGCCUCCCCUAGUGGUGGCGUUGGUGCUCUCCGUGACCGCUUCAAGGGUACGGCUCCCAUUGCCGUUGGAGCUGCCGGCGUCGCUGGAGCUGCCGGCGCCGCUGCGGUCUACGCCUCGCGCGACGAGCCUGAGGAGGAGGAGGAUUCCGCGCCUCCUCCCCCGCCUGCCGACAGUCGCCCUGCUGGUGGAUUUGCCCUCCCUGGCAUGCCUCCCCGGCCCGCACCCGAGGAAGAAGAGGAGGAAGAGGAGCAGGAGCCCUCAUCACCCAUCCGUGUUGCCCAGCCUGUGGCUCGCGGAAAUGACGUUGAGUUGGAACCACCCGUCGAGAGAGAACCUCCUAGACCUAUCCCCGUUCAACAAAUCGAGGAGGAACUGCCGAGAGAAGAGGAACUCCCUGAAGAGACGCACGAUGUUGGCCGCGGUGCUGCUGAGGCUGUCGCAGAGCAACAGUUUGGUCAGGAGCAAGUGACUGCGGGUCAAGCACAAAGCGGUGGUCACCGUGCUCUGAUUCAGUACGAUUACGAAAAGGCGGAGGACAAUGAGCUUGAGCUUCGCGAGGGCGAGUAUGUCACCAACAUCGAGAUGGUUGAUGAGGACUGGUGGAUGGGUACCAACUCUCGUGGCGAAAGCGGUCUGUUCCCCAGCAACUACGUAGAACUCGUUGACGACGAGCCCGAGCCGGCACCGGCUGCGCGGAGUGCACCUCCCCCAGCGCCGGCUCAAGCGGAGCCGGAACCGGCGCCGGCGGCCGGCAGUGGCCAGACAGCCACGGCCCAGUUCGAUUACGAGGCUGCCGAGGACAACGAACUUUCGUUCCCUGAGAACGCGACGAUCACAAACCUCGAGUUCCCUGAUGAAGACUGGUGGUUCGGCAGCUACGGCGGAAAGCAGGGCCUGUUCCCCGCCAACUAUGUCCAACUGGACAACUAA